AGGGCAGAAGAUUGGCUCCAGGCAUUGGCCUGGACUAGGGAUCUGCCUAGCCUUGCAGUCCUGACUGGCUGCACUCUGGUGUGUCCCCUACAACAUCAUGCUGCAGCAGAUCCUGCACGACAUGUACAUCGACCCUGAGCUUCUGGCUGAGCUCAGUGAUGUACAAAAGCACAUCCUCUUCUACAAGAUGAGAGAGGAGCAGCUUCGGCGCUGGAGGGAGCGGGAGGCAUGGGACACCCUGGCCCAGGCAGAAGGCCUCAGGCCUGCGAAGGUCAAGCGAGCAAGCAACAAGCACAUCCAGUGGCUGCUGGGAGCCGAUGGCGAGGUCUGGGUGUGGGUCAUGGGUGAAGGCCCUGGUGACAAGCCCUAUGAAGAGAUCUCUGAGGAGCUGAUUGCAGAGAGAGCACGGCUGCAAGCACAGAGAGAGGCUGAGGAGCUCUGGAAACAGAAGGAAGCAGAGAUCACCAAGAAGUUCCGGGAUGCCUUGGCCAAUGAGAAAGCCCGGAUCCUAGCAGAGAGGUGGAAAGUGGAGAUGGAGGACCGCAAGGCUGCCAAAAUCCUGGAGGAACGUAUACAUGAGGAAUUCAAGAGGAAAGAGGAAGAAGAGAGGAGGCGAGGAGAAGAACAGAUUCGCCUCCAGGAGGAGCAGAGGGCCAAGGAACUCUAUUGGACCCUGAAGCAGGCCCAGAUGCACUGCCAAGCCAGCGAGAGGGAGGAGCGCGAGUGGGAGGAACACUUGCGCAGAAUCAAGGCAGCUGAUGAAGAGAGGAGCCGUCGUGCCCAGCGAGCCCGGGAUGAGUACCGGCGCCACUCACUCCGUGCUAUCCAGAAGGGCACUGUUGCUGGCCUAAGCACCAUGUUCCAAGAACUUGGCCAGAACCAUGAGCAGGAGGCAAGGCUCCAUCAACUUCCGUGCACGAGCCCACCAUCAUCCCUCACAGGACCUGACAGGUCCUGGGAGCGUCCUCUGCGUCCACUCUCCAGAGAAGUCAUCGUGCGCUGGUUCAAGGAGGAACAGCUGCCUCGCCGAGCUGGCUUCGAGAGGAACACCAAGUCCAUUGCUCCCUGGUUCCACGGAAUUAUUAGCCGAGAGAAUGCAGAAGACCUGUUGGAGAGUAUGACCGAGGGAGCAUUUCUGGUCCGGGUCAGUGAGAAGAUCUGGGGUUACACCCUGUCCUACCGCCUACAGAGGGGCUUCAAGCACUUCCUUGUGGAUGCCUCUGGGGACUUCUACAGUUUUCUAGGAGUGGACCCUAAUCGCCAUGCCACCCUCACGGAUCUCAUUGAUUUCCACAAGGAGGAAAUAAUCACUGUUUCAGGGGGAGAGUUGCUGCAGGAACCUUGCGGACAGAGGGAUAGCCCACCAGACUAUCACCUGUUGUUUGAAUGAUGUUUUUCCUCUUCCUCUUUGGACUCCUUUGAAUAUCCCGAACUUGAACUGAGCUUAAGAAUAUCCCUACUGAAAGCCUCAUGGCCUUCUAGAAGAUCCAUCAUUCUUCAGAUGAACAAUGGUAUUAGUGAGUCUCCAGAAUGUUACAAAAUAUGACU